AUGUCAGCAUUGCUUAUGUUACGUGUGCAAAGUGUGUCAAGUGUUUUGCUGCUGCCACUCUUGAAUUGCAUAAUACAGAGCAUAGUUUGGAAGGAGGUCACAAUUGUCAAGCUUCAGAUUGGUCAUUGGAGAAGUUUUGUGUCCACUGUUAAACCAUCCUUUUAUGGCAUCCGCUUCCAAAGUUCUCUCAUGGGCUCGAGCACGGCCCACACUUCUGAUUCAAGAUUCGGUCGAUCUAAGCGGUCCACCUGGCAGCACCUCAAGCCCAAACCAGCCAACUCCAUUGCAAGCUCAACCGGCCAAUCACCAGCCGACACGUCCAACACAGAUUCCAAAUUUCCACUUUCCAGAGCCCACUUCACGUCCCUCACUACAGCCAUAGCUCGUCUCGCAAUCAAAAGUCGCAAAAUAACGAUUCCAAACGAGUAG